UGACGUCACUUUGGGUCGGUGAAGCCUUCGCCUGGAAGUGAAGCUGAAUAAACCUUGAGAGGAGAGCUGAAUCGGCUUCAAGCUGCCGCCGCUGGAACGAACUAAAAAGCAGAGACGGAGCGGGAACGAGGCGUGUUAUCUAUCAUGAAUCCUUCGAGUUAGAUUCACCCCCCUCCUUUUCUCUCUCUCUUCCAACUCUCCCCCCCCCCCCCGCCUUCCCUCCUCUCCUUCCCCGGCCCGGUCUUUCUUCACUCCCUUCUCCAGCCUGUUUGGAGGAAGGCAGCGUUCCCAGCAUCCAGAUCACACAAGCGGAGCGGAGCUCGCGCGCGCGCGUGCGUGUGUGUGAGUGUGUGUGGGGAAGGGAGCGAGGAGAGCCCUCGCUUGGCGUCUCAAUUGCAAAGCUUGCAAAACAGUGAUGCCACAGAACUGACCACAUUGAUCACAAUAUGGAGUCUGGAGAGCGGUUAACGUCAACAGUAGCCUCUUCCACUGCAGCUUCAUCUCCUGCCUUGUCCUCAGCAUCCAUCGUUUCAGCAAUUUCCAAAGGUGGCCUUUCCACUGGAGCCACGUCACUUAGCUCCACAAUCAACGCCUGUGGACAUUUAUUCAGAACAGCUGGGGAUCAACCGUGUAACCUGUCCACAGUGUCGAGUGCCUUUCCAAUGGUCAGCCACCCAGUCUUUGGUCUACAUACAGCCAGCUCAGGGCAUACAGAAUUUGGUGGCUUGGGGUCACUUGGUACACCCAUAGCCUUAGCAGCGCACCCCCAGCUAACAACUUUUCCAGUGAGUUGUCCUGUGGCGAGAUGGCCGUGGCAAACUGUCCUGCAGCAAGUUGGCCAUGGCAAGUUGGCUGUGGUGAAUAGCCGUAGCGAGUUGGCCACGGCAAGUUGGCCGUGGCGAAUUGUCAUAGACCCAAAGGAAUCCUCACUCCAUUCCCAGAAGCAGUCACAAUGGCUGGAAUGGUGGCGGAAUGCCGAUGUGCACUCCCGUACUGGCACUACAUUUUUCCCACCACUACUUGGAAUCUCUCCUCUGUUUGCCCCUCCUGCCCAAAAUCAUGACUCUACUGCAUUCCAUACAAGGACCCCAGGAAAAAAUGCACGAGGAAGUUUGGAGAAAGGUGUUAAUGGAUCUGUAAAUGGAAAUAGUACCACUUCAGUAUCAGGCAUCAACACCUCUGUGUUAUCUACCACCACUGCAAGUUCUGCAGGACAGGCAAAAGUUAUAACCUCAGUAGGAGGAAGCCGCAAAUGUAACCAGGAACAAAGUAAAAACCAGGUUCUGGAUGCAAGAGCUGUCAAGAUUAAAGACAAGAAACCCAGAAAGAAAGCAGUGGAUAGUUCCAGCAACAGUGAAAGUGAUUCUGGCUCCUCCUCGGACACCUCUAGUGAAGGCAUCAGUAGCAGUGACUCAGAUGACUUGGAAGAAGAGGAAGAGGAAGAAGAGGAGGAAGAAGAAGACGAUCAAAGUGUUGAAGAAAGUGAAGACGAUGAUUCAGAUUCUGAGAAUGAAGCACAGCCGAAAAAUAAGAACAAGGUGCUAAUGCAUAGCGGACCAGACAUGAAAGGAGAUGGACAGAAAUCCCAGGAAUUGCCCCAGGAAAAGAGACCACACCAGCCAAUACCUCUUGCGUCUGAUAGCCAGACUCACUCAUCAUUCCAGGCCCAGCAGAAGCAGCCUCAGGUUUUGUCACAGCAACUUCCCUUUAUUUUCCAAAGCUCUCAGGCAAAGGUGGAAUCUGUGAACAAACACACAAGUGUAAUACAGUCUACUGGAUUGGUGCCCAAUGUGAACCCUUUGUCUUUGGUAAAUCAAGCCAAAAAGGAAACUUUCUUAAAACUUAUAGUUCCUUCUCCUGAUCUACUCAAGACAGGGAAUAAAAAUACCUCUGAAGAAGCUAGCGCAUUGACCAUUGAUGUCAGAUCAAACCGGGAACAGUACAAACAAACAUUCCCAGCACAAUUCAAGAAACAGCACGAGUCAUCCAAGAACCUAAAGAAGAUUAUCACAGCAUUAUCAAGUCCAAAGCCAACCAGUUCAUCACCAGCUCAUCAAAAACACACCUCUUUAGAAAACAACCAUUCGAAUCCUUUCUUGACCAAUGCACUUUUAGGUAAUCAUCAACCUAAUGGAGUAAUUCAGAGCGUCAUUCAAGAGGCUCCUCUAGCACUUACCACCAAAUCCAAAUCUCAACCCAAGGUCAACGAAAACAUAUCUACUUCCAGCAACGUAACCUUUUCCUCACCGGUAAAUUUAACCACAGGUGGGAAAAAGACACCAAGCAACCGGACACCUAUUAUGUCUUCUACCUCUCCUGUAUUACCUGGCCCAGCAAAGGAAAAGGCAGUCAGCAAUAAUACAGUAACAGCAGUAAAAACACAACACAGUCAUUCUUCGGCGAAAUCAUUAGUUGAACAAUUCAGAGGAACGGAUUCAGAUGUUCUAAGCAGUAAAGAUUCUGAAGAUUCAAAUGAUGAUGAUGAAGAUGACGAGGAUGAUGAUGAUGAAGAAGAUGAGGAUGAUGAAGAUGAAGAUUCUGAUGAUAGUCAAUCAGAAUCCGAUACUAAUUCAGAAGGGUCUGACACAGAAGGGUCUGAAGAUGAUGAGGAAGAAGAUGAUAAAGAUCCCGAUGAGUCAGAGUCUGAUACCGAGGGAGAAAAAUCUAUGAUUAAAUUGAGCAAAACCUCUUCUUCCACUAAAAGCUCUUCUAUCAGUCUUGCCACUUGUUCAACACCACUUAAUCUCCAAGUAGCAAAGACACCCAGUUCUGCUCCAGCUGCAUUAUGCCCUGAGUCCCCCUCACCAGUGUUUGUAGGAACGCCAUCAUCUGGACUUGCUUCAAGCACUCAUUGUGGUUCUUCAAAAAGGCGACGAGUUACAGAUGAACGGGAAUUGCGCAUUCCUCUGGAGUAUGGGUGGCAAAGGGAAACAAGAAUAAGGAACAUUGGUGGCCGCCUUCAAGGAGAAGUAGCAUAUUACGCACCAUGUGGGAAGAAGUUAAGGCAGUACCCAGAAGUUGUAAAGGGGAUGCAGUGGUGUCUGCUGAAAGGAGAGGACGUCCUUCCCCGCAUCAGAGCAAUGGAAGGUCGUAGGGGCCGGCCACCCAAUCCUGAUAGACAACGUAGCAAGGAGGAAUCAAAAAUGAGACGUCGCAAAGGUCGACCGCCAAACGUUGGUACCACUGAAUUCCUUGACAAUACAGAUGCUAAACUCUUACGAAAGUUACAAGCCCAAGAAAUUGCUAGACAAGCAGCACAAAUCAAGCUUUUGAGAAAAAUUCAGAAGCAAGAGCAGGCCCGAGCUGCUAAGGAAGCAAAAAAACAGCAAGCUAUAAUGGCUGCAGAAGAAAAAAGGAAGCAAAAAGAGCAGAUAAAAAUAAUGAAACAGCAGGAAAAAAUUAAGAGAAUUCAGCAAAUCCGACUGGAAAAAGAACUCCGAGCUCAGCAAAUAUUAGAGGCUAAAAAGAAAAAGAAGGAAGAAGCAGCAAAUGCCAAAUUAUUGGAGGCCGAGAAACGAAUAAAGGAAAAGGAAAUGAGGAGACAGCAAGCUGUCCUUCUGAAACAUCAGGAGUUGGAGAGGCAUAGACUAGAUAUGGAACGGGAAAGAAGAAGGCAGCAUAUGAUGCUGAUGAAAGCUAUGGAAGCACGUAAAAAAGCAGAAGAGAAAGAGCGGUUAAAACAAGAAAAACGUGAUGAAAAGAGAUUAAACAAACAACGAAAACUGGAACAGCGAAGAUUAGAAUUAGAAAUGGCUAAGGAGCUAAAGAAGCCUAAUGAAGAUAUGUGCUUAGCGGACCAGAAGCCCUUGCCAGAAUUGCCUCGCAUUCCAGGCCUAGUUCUCUCAGGAAGUACAUUUUCAGAUUGUCUCAUGGUGGUACAGUUUCUCAGCAACUUUGGCAAAGUUCUUGGCUUUGAUGUGAAUCUGGAUGUCCCAAGUUUAAAUGUUCUGCAAGAGGGGUUGUUGAACAUAGGAGACAGCUUGGGAGAAAUACAAGAUCUGCUGGUGAGGUUGCUCUCGGCUGCAAUUUGUGAUCCAGGAUUAAUAACAGGAUACAAGGCCAAAACAAUUCUUGGGGAUCAUUUGUUGAAUGUGGGCAUCAACAGAGACAAUGUGUCUGAAAUACUGCAGAUAUUUAUGGAAGGUCACUGUGGGCAAACCGAACUCACAGAGAGUUUGAAAACCAAAGCUUUUCAGGCGCAUACCCCAGCUCAGAAAGCAUCCGUGCUUGCUUUCCUUGUUAAUGAAUUAGCCUGUAGCAAAAGUGUCAUAAGCGAAAUAGAAAAGAAUAUAGAUUAUAUGUCAAAUUUAAGAAGAGAUAAGUGGAUGGUUGAAGGCAAACUUAGGAAGCUUAGAAUCAUUCAUGCUAAGAAAACAGGCAAGCGAGAUGUCACAGGAGGAGGUGACAUAGGAGAAGAACCCCAUUCACUAGGUACGCCCACACCAGGCCGAAAGAGGAGACGGAAGGGAGGCGAGAGUGAUUAUGAUGACGACGACGAUGAUUAUAGUGAUGAUCAAGCAGAUGAAGAUGAGGAAGAAGAUGACGACAAAGAUGAUAAAAAGGGAAAGAAAGAUAUUUGUGAAGAUGAGGAUGAUGGAGAUCAAACGGCAAGUGUUGAGGAACUAGAGAAACAGAUUGACAAACUUACUAAGCAGCAAAACCAGUACAGAAGAAAGCUAUUUGAAGCUUCUCAUUCUUUACGUUCAAUGAUGUUUGGCCAGGAUCGUUACAGACGUCGAUACUGGAUUUUGCCCCAAUGUGGGGGCAUUUUUGUUGAAGGCAUGGAAAGUGGAGAAGGUCUGGAAGAAAUUGCAAAAGAAAAAGAGAAGCUGAAAAAGGCCAAAAAUAUUCAUAUCAAAGAAGAAAUUUUUGAGACCUCUGAAGAAAAAUUAAAUUGUUUAAAUGCAACACAUUGUAAUCCAAAAGAGGAUGUCAAAGAGAAGGACAGCACAAAUCUUUUCCUGCAGAAGCCCGGCUCUUUCUCAAAGCUAAGCAAACUUUUAGAAGUAGCAAAAAUGCCUCCCGAGUCGGAUGUUCUGGCCUCCAAAGCCAAUGGCAGUGCAGCAAAUGGGUGCUCACUGGCCUAUCAGAAUAGCUCUAAAACCUCAUUGUGUAGCCACCAGGCCACUUUAUCACAAAGCAGCAAUGAACGGUCUGAUCCGAAUCAUCUUUUUAAUUCUGUGGCAACUGGGCCAGGGAAAUUUUAUAAUUCUCCAUUAAUUUCAAAUGACCAACUGUUAAAGACUCUUACAGAAAAGAGCAGGCAGUGGUUCAGCCUAUUACCCAGAACUCCUUGUGAUGACACUUCUGUUACCCACCUAGAUUCACCAGCUGCUGCUGCUGCUACUUCUUCUUCAUCUCUCACUCCGCAUUCUCACCCUCCAUCCAAAUCACCCUCACCUGUUCCAUCUCCACUUAUUGGUUCAGCCUCUUCACCAAGCCCAAUGGGAUUAAGUCCAUUUGCCUUGUCACCACUUCAGAUGAAGACAGGAUUGCCUGUAAUGGGACUUCAGUUCUGUGGAUGGCCUACUGGCGUUAUGAGUUCAAAUCAUCCAUUUUCAUCUCCACUUCCUACUCUGGGGUCCGGCCUAGGACUGUCAGAGGGCAAUGGUAGCUCUUUCUUGACACCCAGUGUUCCAACAAGUAAAAGCGAAUCGCCAGUACCACAGGUUGAGAAACAAACUUCUGUACCUUCUUCAGUUCUUGUGGAAGUAGCCAAACCAGCUGAUUAUCCUAGCCCAAAGCCUAUCCCAGAAGAAAUGCAGUUUGGCUGGUGGAGAAUUAUUGAUCCAGAGGACCUAAAAGCUUUGGUUAAAGUGUUGCAUCUCAGGGGAAUUAGAGAAAAGGCCUUACAGAAGCAAAUUCAAAAACAUAUGGAUUAUAUUACUCUAGCUUGCCUCAAGAAUAAAGAUGCUGCAAUUAUUGAAGUAAAUGAAAAUGAUGAAAACCAAGUAACACGAGAUAUUGUAGAAAAUUGGUCCAUAGAAGAGCAAGCCAUGGAUACGGAUAUUGCUAUUCUUCAGCAGGUAGAGGAUUUAGAGAGAAGAGUGGCAUCAGCUAGUUUGCAGAUCAAGGGUUGGAUGUGCCCUGAACCGGAAUCGGAAAGGGAAGACUUGGUAUAUUAUGAGCAUAAAUCAAUCACUCCAUUGCACAAGAAGCGUGAUGGUGAUUGUGUUGGUGGAGAAGAAGGCAGUAGCAGUACUCUAGAACGGAAGAGUGACAACCCUCUAGAUAUAGCUGUAACCAGACUUGCUGACUUGGAGCGGAACAUAGAGCGAAGGUAUCUGAAGAGCCCCUUAAGUACCACCAUUCAGAUCAAACUGGAUAAUGUGGGCACAGUUACUGUCCCUGCUCCUGCACCAUCCGUUAGUGGUGAUGGUGACGGAAUGGAAGAGGAUAUUGCUCCAGGGCUAAGGGUAUGGAGAAGGGCAUUGUCAGAAGCUCGCAGUGCUGCACAGGUAGCUCUGUGCAUUCAGCAGUUACAGAAAACAAUAGCAUGGGAAAAAUCUAUUAUGAAAGUUUACUGCCAAAUAUGUCGAAAAGGAGAUAAUGAGGAACUACUGCUUCUCUGUGAUGGCUGUGAUAAAGGUUGCCAUACAUACUGUCAUCGGCCCAAGAUCAGUACUAUUCCAGAUGGUGACUGGUUUUGUCCUGCCUGCAUAGCAAAGGCAAGUGGUCAAACUUUAAAAGUUAAAAAAAAUCAGAUGAAAGGGAAGAAAAGUAACGAACACAAGAAAAGCAAGAAAUUCUCCCCAGUGGUAGAAAUGGAAGAUGAGGACUCAGCAUCUGUAAGCAGCUCUGUUAAAAGGGGGAAAACGGAGUCCAAAAAGAGAAAAAUUGAAGAGAGCCUUUCUGUUAGUCCAUCAAAACAGGAAAGUGUCUCCCCUGUGAAGAAAAUGAAACGUGAUGAAUCCAAGGAUUUGGCUUUAUGCAGUGUGCUCCUGUCUGAAUUGGAAACUCAUGAAGAUGCCUGGCCUUUCCUACUUCCUGUAAAUUUAAAACAUGUUCCUGGUUAUAGGAAAGUUAUUAAAAAACCCAUGGAUUUUUCUACAAUUCGAGAGAAGCUGAAUAGUGGACAGUAUCCUAAUCUCGAAGCUUUUGCUAUAGAUGUCAGGCUUGUGUUUGACAACUGUGAAACAUUUAAUGAAGAUGAUUCUGACAUUGGUCGUGCUGGCCACAACAUGAGAAAACAUUUUGAAAAAAAAUGGACAGAGAUUUUCAAAGUGAGCUGAAGUGAUCACAGUCCAACAUGUUUUCUUUUCUUAAAUGAGGACAAAUAAGACCAGCAAUGUGAAGUGUAUUUACAUUAAAGUACAAGGCACAUGCAUAACUAAUGACUGUUUUAUUUUUCCUUAAGGGAUCACGGGGAGUAAUGCUAAUUCUUAAGGUUUCACUCCUUCAGUAACCAUGGCCCUUGGUUCUUGGUUUGUGUGUUUUAUCAAACUAUUUUAGGUAGAACAGGGAAGCACACCCAAAGAAUUUAAAUGUAAGGGGUGUCAUAGUGCAAUAGCAAUUUAAAAUAUAUCAAAACGCACUGAAUAUUCAACCACCAGAGCUCUAGUUGGGGAAAAAAGUUGUAUUUCCCCUUUCAAUAAAUAUCUAUUUUUCAUUUUUUUUACUUUGUAGUUUAUUUUUAGUAAAUGUAUUUAAUUUUAUGAAUUAUUUAUGAUUAAAUAGCAUCCAGACUCUUCGUUUUCUGUGAAAAGGAAGAAUUAAAAAAAUAAAAUGAAAUGAAAUUGCUUUAAAUGUUGAAAAUACAACAAGGAAUGUUUUAAAAUUAAAAAAAACAAAACAAAACAAAGCCAAGUAAAACUGUUUACACUGAUGUGCUGUAAAAAGCACGAAAAAUUAAACUUUACUGUAGAGUUACAAGUACAUUUAUAUAUAUGUUGCUGCAUCACUUGUGUAGUUAAAUUGUAUUUCAAAACAGUGAAGAAGAAAAAUGAAACAUAUGUAUAUACUGUUCAUUAUUGUUUAUAUUAAGUCUUGUUUUAAAUAUGUAUGAUGUGUACAUAUUGUUUGCAGACAUUGUUUAUGCCUUAGAAAGGACUGUAGCAUUUUAUUUUAGUUUUAAGGUAAUUACAGCUAUAUGGCUUGUACAGUAAGUAUCCUCUACCAACACUGUGGAGUCUCCUUAAUCUUUGUAGUGCCUGCCUUUAAAACAGGGUGUAGGGGAUAUUAGUUUUCCAUUUUUCUAUUUUGUUAUAUAAUUUCAAGCCACCAGGGCCUCAAAUUUGAGUAUAAUCAUUUGUAUCCAUGUGGAAUAAAAAUGUGACAAUUUCUUACGCACACAGUAUUUUUUCAUAAAAACAUUUCCCUCCAUUUGCCUUGCCACAGAAACAACAAAAAAGAAAAAAAAAGAAAAAAAUUUGUAACCACUGUGUUUUAUCUACUGUGUGUUGUGGUGGCCUGUUGGAGGCAGAUAGAUCAGACUUUUUUUUGUACCUAUGUAAGAGUACUUGAAGUUUCAUUUAAAACAAAAUGUUGUGGAAAAGGUAGCAUUCUUUUUUUUUUAGGAGUGUUAUUUUUCACUAGUAUGUGUGGCACGGAUACAAUAAAAGACUGUUUUGCAAACCAGUUUUUUCUCA